AUGGUUAAGCAAACGAUCCAGAUCUUCGCGAGGGUGAAGCCCACCGGCCGGAAACAACCUCAAGGGAUCUAUUCUGUAGAUGAAGAUGAAAAAUCAGUAGCUGCAUUGGAAAUUAUCUUACCACGUGAUCUAGCAGAAGGAUUUGUGAAUAAUAAACGAGAAAGCUACAAAUUUAAAUUUCAGAGAAUUUUUGAUCAGGAGUCAAAACAAGAGGCCAUUUUUGACAUAAUUGCCAAACCUGUUGCUGAAAGUGUUCUGGCUGGCUAUAAUGGCACCAUCUUUGCGUAUGGUCAAACGGGCAGUGGCAAGACUUUCACUAUUACCGGGGGAGCUGAGCGCUACAGUGACAGAGGCAUCAUUCCAAGGACCCUAUCAUACAUUUUUGAGCAAUUACAAAAGGACAGCAGAAAAAUGUAUACAACCCACAUUUCAUAUUUGGAAAUCUACAAUGAAUGUGGUUAUGAUCUGUUGGAUCCAAGACAUGAAGCCUCCAGUUUGGAAGAUUUGCCGAAGGUGACAAUAUUGGAGGACCCUGAUCAGAACAUUCACCUGAAAAAUCUAUCUCUUCAGCAGGCAACCACUGAGGAAGAAGCUUUGAAUCUUCUCUUCUUAGGAGAUACCAACAGAAUGAUUGCAGAGACUCCUAUGAACCAGGCUUCCACACGUUCCCACUGCAUUUUCACCAUUCAUAUCUCAAGCAAGGAACCAGGCUCUGCAACUGUCCGUCAUGCCAAACUCCAUUUGGUUGACCUGGCUGGUUCAGAGCGGGUUGCAAAGACUGGAGUUGGAGGCCAGCUUCUUACAGAAGCCAAAUAUAUCAACCUUUCCCUACACUACUUAGAACAGGUUAUAAUUGCCCUUGCAGAGAAACACCGAUCCCAUAUUCCCUACAGGAACUCCAUGAUGACCAAUGUACUGAGGGACAGCUUGGGAGGAAACUGCAUGACAACCAUGAUUGCUACGCUGUCGUUAGAAAAAAGGAAUAUCGAUGAAUCUAUAUCAACUUGCAGAUUUGCCCAGCGAGUGGCCCUCAUAAAGAAUGAAGCUGUUCUCAAUGAAGAGAUUGACCCUAGACUGAUUAUUAUACACUUGAAAAAGGAAAUCCAGGAAUUGAAGGAUGAACUGGCCAUUGUCACUGGGGAACAGAGAACAGAAGAGCUCACACAAGGGGAACUCGAUAAACUGGAGGAACAAAUUACAUCCUUUUUGGAAGAUCAAGAUCCAGAGAGUAGACUACAGGUGGGGUCUGACAUGCGUAAAAUCCACUAUUGCUUCCAUCAUUUAAAGAAACUGUUGAAUGAAAGAAAGAUUCCUGAAAGAAGUGAAUCCUCUCAUGAAAUCAAAGUCCAAGAUGGAGAAGUGCCAUUAAGGGAAGAAGAAUUUAAAAAACUGAGAGAUAUCCUGAAGCAGCGAGACAAUGAAAUCAAUAUUCUGGUAAAUAUGCUUAAAAAGGAAAAGAAGAAAGUCCAGGAUAUGUUCAACCUACAGAAUACCAGUAGGGGAGGGACGAGGCAAUCACUGAGCUCCUCCCCAUCAUGUGGAGGCCCAGAUGACUCUUCAAAGGCAUCAGUAUCAAGCACCUCAAAACUGACCCAGGAUGGCAGCUCCGUGGACUAUAGGUCUGGUUUUCAUCGCAGGAAAGCAGGAAAGAGUGAAGAGAUGUCGCUGGGACGGCAGGAGGCUUUUGAAAUCUUCAAGCAGGAUCAUGCUGAUAGUGUUACGAUUGAAGACAACAAACAGAUCUUAAGGCAGAGAUUUUCUGAAGCAAAGGCCUUAGGAGAAAGUAUAAAUGAAGUAAGAAGUAAAAUUGGCCAUCUGAAAGAAGAAAUAAAUCAACGGCAGAUGCAGCGAGUUGCUUUAAGUAUUACAGAUAAUGCAGUGGGGGACCAGGAAUUAGACCCAGUGGAAGAGAAGUUGCGCUCAAAAAUGGAGGAAGAAAAAAAAAGCUACAAAAUGAUGUUCACUCGCCUCAAAGGCCUAAAGGUUGAAAUCGAACACCUGCAGCUGCUAAUGGAGAAAGCCAAGGUGAAACUGAAAAAAGAGUUUGAAGUUUGGUGGAUAGAAGAGGCAACAAAUCUGCAGAAAAAAUCCUUGCCAGCAAAUUCUCCCCGGACACUGGAAUCCCAGCAACAGCAGCAGUUGCAGCCAUAUCUCGCCCAUAAAAGUGAGCUGAUUUCCAGAAAAAUUAUGCCUUCUCCUCCCCCUCCAUCAAGAAUCCAGAAGAACAGCUUUAACAACCCGAGUGUGGAAGAGAGUGACCUGAUUUCCAAAAGUCCACCUCCCUCUCCCCUUCCAUCGAGAAAUUAUGAGAAAAGGUUCGGCAAUCCUAAUAUGGAAGAAAGUGACCUGACUCCCGGGAAUAAAGUGCCUUCUCCUCCCCCUCCAUCAAGAAACCAGAAGAACCGGCCAGGCAGCCCCAAUCUGGAAGAAAGGGUCCUAGGAAGCCCUUCUUCAUCAAUCCCUUUCACUGGAGACAGUCAGACAGACACUGAUAUCCUGGCAUUUCUCAAGGCCAGACAAAACUUACUGAAGAAAAAAGGUAAACACCUCAGCACAGAGUAG